UGAAAAGUAAAAUAUGCUGGACUUCGACUAUUUAUUGGAAAGAGUUGGUACAUUUGGCAAGUACCAGAUUAUUGUAUUUAUAUCAUUGUGUUAUUUUGGUAUACCAUCAGGUCUGAAUGCACUCGCAUCGGUGUUUUUGUCAUAUACACCAGAGUACAGAUGUCUUAUGUACCCGUUCGACAACUCUUCUCUUUACCCAAAUCUAACCAAUGAAGAAUUGUUUAAUCUAACAACUCCACUCGACGACAAAAAUAAUCCAAUUGAUGCAUGUCAAAGGUACGGAUACGAUUUAACAGAAUGUUCUGGACCAAAUGAUUUUUCCUGUGUGAACAAAAGUGAGCCACUUGUGUCUUGCGACGAGUACUAUUAUAAUGAUAGUCCUUUUGAGAAAACUACAGUAACAGAGUUCGAUCUUGUCUGCGAUAGAAGAAUAUCACAUUCACUGUCAAGUUCGGCAUACAUGAUUGGAAUGUUUGUUGGAUCACUACUCUUUGGAAAUAUUGCAGACAGAUUCGGCAGGAAAUUCACUAUAAUUCUCACAUGCUAUGGCAUGCUCUUCUCGAUGCUUGGUGUUGCCUUUUGUAACAUGAUUGAACUGUUCUCAUUUACUCGGUUUCUCGUGGCAACAUUUGCAAUGGGAUGCAAUGUUGCAAUAUUCUGCUAUAUUAUGGAAAUGGUCGGAACCAAGUGGCGAACACUCGUUGGAAUAUCCUAUCAAAUGGCAUUUGCAAUUGGCUACAUGUUAUGGUCUGGGAUUGCAUAUCUUUACCGAGAUUGGCAUCAAAUGGAGCUAGGAGCUGUAGUUAUGAGUGCGCCGCUUGCAAUCAUUGUUUUGAUUGUACCAGAGUCUGGUAGAUGGCUUUUUACAGCAGGAAAAGAGAAAAAGGGAAAAAAGGUUGUCUCCAUAAUGGCAAGAUUGAACAAAGUCAAAUUGGACGAAAAUAUUUGGAGUGAAGCAGAAAAAUCCGCCCAAGAAAGAGAGAAUGACGAAACAGAUGACACGAGUUACUCGACGAUAGAUUUGUUUAAACAUUCCAAGUUGAGAAUAGUGACACUAAAAGUUGGAUUUAACUGGGCGGUGAACAGCAUGGUGUAUUAUGGAAUUUCCUUGAACGCUGGAUCUCUGGCAGGAGACAUAUUUCUUAAUAAUAUAUACGCUGGAGUAUUAGAAAUUGCAAGCUAUACAGUUUGUGCCGCCACCAUGGAUUUUGUUGGGCGUCGUCUUCUGCUGACAAUUACAUUAACUGGAGCAGGAGUGGCUUUAUUAGUCAGUACAAUUGUCAAUGCAUUUGCAGAUGGAGACGAAAGCCUUAUAUUGGUUGGUGUUGUGUUUGCCUUCAUCGGAAAAGCACUUGUGUCAGGAUCGUUUGCUGUCAUUUAUAAUUUCACGGGAGAAUUGUUUCCCACAGUAGUCAGGAGCAACGGUAUAGGAUUUGGUUCAAUGAGUGCCAGGAUUGGGAGCGUUUUGUCACCUUUUAUCAUCGGUCUUCAAGAUUAUGUGUCAUGGUUACCGAAUACCAUAUUCGGGGCGGUGGCAGUGAUUGGCGGUCUCUUGUCUCUGACUUUCCGCGACACUACAGGCAAACCGAUGAUGGAAACCAUCGAAGAAGCAGAAUUAUUCUACGCAGGAAAGGACAUAUCAAGGAGAGAGAAAAUGACUGAAGGAUACGACAAUAAAGCAGCUAUUGUUGUCGACGAAGACGAACGCAAGACAUCAACUCAGCUUUAAUUCAGCCACGUGGCGGGCAAAAAGUGGUCGGCGUAAAAACAAAAUGGUUGAGACUUUCAAAAUACAAACUUUUAGUAAUGGUAUUUUUUGUUAAACUUUUUUGAAAUACACCUCAUAUUGGAAUAAAAA